AUGGUAGACAUCUCUGAUCAAGAGACUUUACACCCCACUUCAGUUUCGGAGGUGUCCUCGGUGGACUCGGAAGAAGAGCUUCCCAAACAGUUGACCUUGAAGCUUGCUGAGAAGGAAGUCCCAAACCACGAGCAGCCAAAUACACCACCGAACAGCGGAUUAUCCGUAGAAUGGAUCUGGUCAGUGUGGUGGGUAGAGAUGUUCAGCAGCGUUCUAGCAUUGGAGUGCAUCUCUGCGAUAGUCAUUAUCCUAUCCGUUUACCGAGGGCAACCUCUUCCCAACUGGCCAAAGCUCAUAUCAAUCAACUCCUUGAUCGCCGUCUUCACGGCUGUGUUCAAAGCUGCGCUCAUACUCCCUGUCGCCGAAGGCUUAGGACAGUUGAAAUGGAACUGGUUCGAUCGAUCUCAAACGCUAGGUGAUCUCGUCUUGUUUGACAAUGCGAGUCGAGGGCCGUGGGGAUACUUGGCUGGACUUGGUGCAUUCAUCACCGUUGCAGCCCUUGCAAUCGACGCUUUUUCCCAGGCUGCAAUCAAUCUUGGCUCUUGUAAUAUCACGGCAGAGUUCGGUAUAGCCGAAGUGUCUCGGACAAACAACUAUUCGGGCAAUCCUCAACAGCGCGCGACAGCUCCCUCGAUGCUGCCCCCAUCACCUCGAAUCAGAAAAUGCGGAAGGCUAUCAACAAAGGUCUUGUGGACCCUCCAAAGACUGGAGAGCUAA